AUGCAGAGCGAAAGAAACCGGUGGUUACUGCACGAUGAGAAUAUAAAUCUAAUGCGUCAUGGAACGGGUGACUAUGAGCAACCGGCAUUCAAUGAUAUUCGUAUUGACCUUCGAGGUGGUGGCGGUGAUGCUAAUUUAAAUAAUAAUCAAACAUAUUAUCCUACUCGAUAUCCAUCUGAAAAUGAUCAACGAUCACAAAGUUCCGUACCAAGUCGAAUAUCAAGAUAUGCAGAAUAUCCACAAGUUCGACCAACAAAUCCAUUAUAUUCAAGUCAAUCAACAAUAAGAACACAUGGUUCAAAUCCUCAAGCAGUUGGCGGCGUACCAAGUUCAAAAAGUUCUGCUACAUUAGUUAAUCGUCGUCAAAAAUUUGAUCCACAAGCACCACGUCGUCCAUCAGAUUGGAGAUGGUUAGCAAUAUUAUGUAUCAUUCUAUUUUUUCCACUUGGAUUAUUUGCGUUUGCAUUUGCACGUAAAGCACAAAAUAAAUUUCGUGAUGGCUUCGUUAUGGAUUCACAUAAACUUAAUAAGCGUGCUCUUAUACUUUGUAUUUUAUCUAUUAUAUGUGGUAUUGCAUUAAUUAUUGGUUUACUUUUUGGUUUCGAUGCUUGGCCAAGAACAAAUGGAUAA